UGAAAGGUACUUUCACAAACCAAAACACAAGGACCAGUUCAAAUGUCAAACAAAUAUGUUGAAGCUUCUCAUAUUAUUUCCUGUAAUUUAUGGUGUAUCAUUUGGACAGAAAGUUACAGAAAAAUGUCCUGGGCUUUACUGUGGAAGGACACUAGAGAAUGGAACACUCAGUAAUUGUGGGGCGUGUGUGAGAGGCUACCAGCCUGAUGAUAGUUCUGAAAACUCUAUAUGUAAGAGAUGUGAAGAAGAACCUUGUUUUUAUGACUGGCUUUUUCUGGGAUUCAUGGCCUUGUUGUCUUUAUUACUUCAUUGGUUCUUCAUAGAUUUUACAAAUAGAAGAAAGAAUAAUUUAAUCAUCCUUCAUGUAUCAGCAUUUAUUGAAAGUGUUUUGUCUGGUAUCGUUACAAUAUUAUUGGUGGAUCCGAUUGGUUCAUUUAACAUACGAUCGUGUAAAGUCAAACAACUCUCAGAUUGGUAUUCCAUGUUAUACAAUCCAAGUCCUAACUACACCACAACUCUACAUUGUACACAGGAAAUUGUUUAUCCACUAUAUACUAUAUGUAUGAUCUACUAUGCCUUUUCCUUGCUGUUUAUGAUGUUGUUUAGACCACUGAUAUCAUACAGAUGUGUAGAGACCAAAGGAACCAAGUCAAUUUAUGCUGCUUUGUAUUUUCAUCCCAUAUUAAUUGUCCUGCAGGCCAUGUUUGGUGGACUAUUGUAUUAUGCUUUUCCAUAUAUAAUGUUGGUUAUAUCACUGGUAACAAGUGCUGCCCAUUUAGCAAGUACUAAUGUUUUGGAGGUGAAACAAUUGUUUAAAAAUAACUUCUGUGAUGCAAGGAACUUAAUCAUUCUUGUUGGUCAUUGGAUACUUCAUGCAUAUGCGAUAAUCUCCAUGACACAGCUGACCGAUCUUACAUUCCAUCUCUCGCUUCUGGCUACUGUUCCGCUGCCUGUGUUCUUCUAUAUAUGUACAGUAAAAUUCACAGAUCCAGAUUACGUAGAAAGAGUUUCACAUGUAGACAUUUCAACCAACAGGUAUUCAGCUGAACCAAGGGGGACAAAUCUUCAGUUUUGGAAUACUUGAUGAUGCUAUGUAGAGUGAAAACUAUGACUCGAAAUCACAUUACUUGAUAUGUUCCAUUUUAUGAAAUGGUAGAAAUUUUUUACAACUCAAACUGGUUUUAAGACUUUAAACUGGUUUAAGGAAGCCAAGAUUAUCUUGCAGAGAUAGGGCAGCCGCAGUCAUAUUAACCAAAGCUUUUAUUUAUGAUACUGAUUUUAAUUGUUUCAUAAUUUGUGAUAAAUGUGGAUGAAUGUUAGCUAUUGUUGUUCUUAAUUGUUUAAUUAUGUUCUAAUGAUUGAUGUAAAGUAUGUUAUUUUUUUUUUAACUUAAGAAAAAAGUUUGAAAAAUAGA